AUGUGCCGAGAUUGGCCGAGGUUUGAAGAACGAGGAAACUACCGCAUAAAACCACAACAACAACAACAACACCAACACCAACAACAACAACAACAACAACAACAACAACACGAAAAAGGAAAUCAAAACAAGAGCGAGAGGAGUGGGAGCCAGGAGGAGAGAAAAAGGAAAAAAGAAAGCGAGAAAGAGAGAGAAAGAUUUCUCUGGGAGAAAGCAAUUUUGACAAUCACGUCACCGGAUCAUCAUCCGACUACCGAGACGACGAAGUUUCUUCACGACCGAAGUGCUUAUGAAAGAAAACAAAACGAAAAAAAAAAAAAAACAAACAAAAAAAAACGAAGAAAUCAUCGAAGAAAGUGGGCCAUUUCGAUCGAUUAGCAUUGCAAUCGUGAGUGCGUAUGUGUGUGCGUGUUCGCGUGGGUGUAUGAGUGCCUGGCAAGUGAUAUAACAACGCAGGAGAACAGUGAAAGAGUCGACGAUCUUUGCGCGUUUUUCUUUAAAUAGUUUUCAUUUUCUUCUUCUGCGUCUUCUUCUACUGGAUUCUCGAAAUUGACGCCAAGACCGGACUAAUUCAGUCAGCAUUUCGUUACUUCGAGAGAGUACAAAACACACUACGCCGAUGAAGAUUUGGACCUUUUGCGAAUUCUCGUAACCGUAGUUGCCCGAAAUUCCGGGCCGCCCCUCCCCCCCCCCCCCCCCCGCCAAGUUUCCGCUGACCGAUACGAGGAAAAGUACCGAGUCGAAGAUUCCAAAUCCACGCGAGAACGAGGACCAAAGGAAACGAGAAGAAAGAGGGGGGGAAAAAAAAAACGAGCCGAGAUACACCCGGUGAGGACGAGAAACGACACACCACCGAAAUCGCAUCUUUCACCUCCUCCUCCCCCCCCCCCCGCCCUCCUCUCACCCGCCCCCCGCGCUACGGGAAACAAAAAAGAAACACUAGAAAAAAUAUGCGAAAAGUGGAAUCGUGGAGAAGGCACUGGGUUUCGGGUGGGGUUGUGGUGUAUUACGCACGAUCACGGGGUCCCCGAUGAUGGCGGAGUCUGCCGAUGACGAACCAACUCCGAUCACAACUUGGCAAGGUCCCGCAGCGCCUCACGACUCCGUACUCGUAACUACGGAAGUGAUUGACGACGCCACCGCUACGAGCAGCAUCGUCGUGCACCAGUCACGUGGAGCUCCGGGGUGGUUGAGGCAUUCCAACGAAAUCAUUGAAUCUUGGAAGCUCCUCUAUCUCGGUACAUUAAAUUAGCCUGCUGAUUUAGAUUAAGAAAGAAUAGAUAUAUAGGAAAGGAGAGAAAAAAGGAAGAGGUCGAGGCUGAAAAAGAAAGUAAAAUUUUCAACGAGAACCUCCGUCAAGUGGGCCAUAGCCAGACUCAAUGCCCCAAUGAUAUUCACGGUAGACUCUCCAUUGGGAUCUUAUGAAAAGGAUCGAUCGAGCUGGUUUUCAUUGCUGACCGAUCGAGUAUUAUUGAAUUUUCAGGGAUCUAGAUAAUUUGUAUCGCCCAUUGAGAAAAGAAUCUCUCGAUCUUGAUCUGAGGAAAAACGGUGAGCUUUUUCGUGGCUACAAACAGGCCCCGUUUCCAUUGGUCGGUCUAGGAAGUUAUAGUCCGUAGGCCG